UGUGUGUGUUGGUGUGUACCUUUCUCGUGACGAAAGUAGUGCUAUUUAUGUUACGACUACUCUCUGGCACAAACACGGUGUGUUUCGGGGCUGGUGCAGACGACUUCCUCCUCCUCCUCCUCCUCCACCACCAACAACAUCUCGGUUGUCAUCCUUUGUGUGUGCGUGCGUGUGUUUCGCGCUGAAAAGGGAAUACGGGUUGCGAAGAGCAUACACAACACGGGGGACGCUGGCUGCUCUUCCAGAGGUCGUCGAAAGUGAGGAAUCGCGAGUGCGAAUAGAACGUGGAAGAAAGAGAGCGAGAGACAUCACACACACACACACGCACAUACAUACGUACAUGUACAGAAAGAGUAAGAGAGAAAGAGCGAUACAGAGUGGAAAAAGGAAAAUAUAUAUACAUAUAUAAAUGUUCUACACGAUGCUCCUCUCCUCUCUGCCGUCAGUGGGAAUUAUUUCGCGACCCAUAUUAUUUUUAUAAAUAUAUACGCUACAACACACGCACACGUAUCUUAUACUUUUUCUUUUCCUUUCCUUCGAGUGGUGCCGUACAGUGGAAACGCCAGUGUUUCCCAAUAACCAACAGCAACAGUUGAAUUGGAAAUCGUAAGGGAAUCUGAAACAGAAAGGGGAGAGGUGCCGUUCGGAUUAUAUUAUGUGAGGAGAGAAGAGGAGUCAGAGAGAGUGUGUGUGUGAGAGAGAGAGAGAGAUAGAGAAGAAAAGAGCGUUUAAUCAGAAUGGCCUGCAAUGUUCGUGGGCGGAAGGCGAAGGUCGUCUAAGAACGUCCGAGCCAUGCAGUUGUUCCACGAGCUAAAGCAGCAGUUCCCGACGAUUCCGGACCACGUGGUGGCCGAGUGCAUCGCGACCACCAGCGGCGCGGAGGCAAAAGUCGCCCUCCUGGCAGCAACAGCAGCCGCCGCCGCCGCACCAACAACAAAUACCACCACCGCCAACUGUCAUCGCCACGACCAGCACCAGAAGCCGAUGGCGGCUGCCGCCCCACAUCGUGCACGAAACGAAGAGACGAUGAGCCGAAACGAAAAGCCGAAGCCCGCGAAGCGACCAGACAGCCUCUCGUUGAGGCAGUCGGACAAAUGCAAAGACGUCCACAAACUGCUGGCUGCGACGUCGUCGUCGUCAUCAUCAACGUCUGCACCCUUAGCUACGAUGACGACGCUAACGACUUCCGGCCUGCAAAAACCGCCGCGUCCGAAAACGCGAAACCAUUUGAAACCUAGUGAAAAGACUGAAAGUGGAGGUGGCGGCGGCGGCGGCGUCGUGAGAAAGAGGACGGCGGAGGCACAAACCACCGAUACCUUGCUCAACGCCACGCCGACUACGCCGCCGCCAUCCGUGAACCUAUCUUUAAAUGUGAAUGUGAUCAGGGGGGGUGGUGGUGGUGUUCAGCCGGCUGCGACGACAUCCCCCACGUCCAAACAUUCGAGUGUGCUGAACGUGGUUCCGCAGCAGCCUUGGUGCUGCUCCGACCUGAACUCACCCCGCAGUUACACCAGUGUCAACCUUACGCUGCGGACGCCCACCAGCGAACCGCAGCCACCCAUCGACAUCACCUCUCAAAACUCCAGCCUGACUUACUCGACGAGCAGUUUCGACUGCCAGAAGGGCCUGCAGAGCCGGCUCCAGAUCACCGUCGGUCCCGGUGGCGGUACCGUCUCCUCGGUGCGGACGAGACCGCGUAGCUACCACUCGCCAACCUCCUCGCCGAUAGCAGCAGUUUCUCCAGCAGUUGUAGGCCAUCCGCAUCAUCAUGGAUCAUUGCAAGACCUGACGACGACCGCCACUACAGCAUGCUGCACAACGCCCACGAUACUGAAACAGCAGGCGAGAAUUGAGAGACUGAGAAUCGAACUGAUUUCGGAGAAAAAUAGACUGGUGAAGAUCAAGGCGGAGGUGGCACAGAUGAAGAUGGAGCAGCAGGAGGCCGAGGACGCGAUCGCCUUGAGGCACGAAACGGAGCUGAAGUUGCAGAAGGAAAUUCGCCACCUUCGCACCCAGUGCGACCUCCUCACCAACGAGGUCGACAGACAAUCUGAAAACAGAGAAAUCACAGCUCCACUGGGAGAGACGAGCGCCGAGUACUACCGCAACAUCUACACAGGACAUCAUGGUGCUUCGGGAAUAACCGCCGCCGCCGCUUUGAGGUCGCCUGCCUCCGGACUCAGCAGAUCCCAAAUGUCGACGACAAGCACUUCGACGACCUCGGAGUCAAAGUGGAGCUGCCCCAUGUGCACAUUCCAGAACCAUCCGCUGCUGGACAAGUGCGAACAGUGCGAAAUGGCCCGCAUCUUACACGUGUCCGCAUCACCCGGUGAUAAUAUUCACAUACACGUCACACCUAGACUCACCCGAAGGAUUGUCCACUCGUGGGCUAUAUGACGAUGAGCAUGAAGAGUUAGAGAAGUUGUUCAGAUAAAACAAAACAAAUUAUUUUUUAUUUUCUACGUUGAAUAAAAGAUGGUUGUGCAGCGAAAGCAGCAGCAGCAACGAAAAACUAUAUGGUGAGAUUUAAAUAAGAAAUUCAAGUCGAAUCCGAGCAGGAGAGAGACGAGAAGAGAGAAUCCCAAUUGACCCGGAUUCGUAAUUAUUCCCAAUUAUGUGUAUUAUGUGUAUACUGAUUCUUCCUGAUUUGAGAUUAUAAUGAAGGGAUCGAAGAGCUUAUUUUAUUAUAUUAAAAAAAAGAAAAGAAAACAA